AUGGCUCAGCGCGCGGGCAUUCUCUGGGUGGCGUCGGAUAUCGUGGCGCCUGAGUCGCUGAGUGUUGAGCAGUUUGAUGAGUGGUAUGAGGAGGACCACGCCCCCGAAGUCUUCGCGCUCCCCGGCGUCCCCGCCGCAACCCGCUACACCGCGCUCCUCCCCGCGUCGUCCCCCUCCACCCACCCCCCGCACCUGAUCACGUACUCCUUCCCGUCGCUCGCGUACGCGCAGGAUCCCGCGUUCCUGGCCAUUGCGGGCGCGGAACCGGAUCGGGAGACUGUGGGGCGGAUUUACGCGCAUGCCGUGUUUGAUAUACGGUUUUACGCGGAGCUGGCUGGGUCUGGGUCUGGGUCUGGCGAUGUUGCGGCGGCGGCGGCGGCGGAGGAAGGCGCUGCGACGAACGGUGCGAGAGGCGUGGCGUCUGGGCAGACGGUGGUCGCGAGCAUCACCCUCUCCCCGCCAUCCACCCCCUCCCCCUCCCCCGAGCCCCAGGCUUUCGAGACCUGGCUCACCACAACCCUCCCCCCCCUCCUCUCCCCCCUCCCCUCCUUCCGCAACCUGAAACAAUACGCCCUCGUCAGCGCCGCCGCGCGCGACAGGAACGUCAUGGUGCCACGCGACGCGCCGGGGUACCUCCUCAUGGCGACGUUUGAAGUCUCCGAGAGGGACGGGGGGGAGGAGCUGCAGAGGCUGAGGGAGGGGGUGGAGGGGGUUGUUGGGGGGCGGGCGGUGGUGGGGGAGGUUGGGUGGUUUGGGGUUAAGAGGGUUUGGGGUUAA